AUGAAUUCUGUUAAUGCUAUUCGUGGAGUUCUUAUAGAUCUAUCUGGUGUUCUUCACGUUGGAGAUAAAGCUUGUGAAGGAGCCCUUUCAGGGUUGAAAAAACUUCGUCAAGCGGAAAUUCCUUUUAGGUUUUGUACCAACACUACUAAAGAGAAUAGUUCAAAUCUUUUAAAUAAAUUGACAAAUAUGGGAUUCGAGAUUAAUAAAAACGAGGUAUAUCCACAUUCCACCAUGCUUUGUAUAAAAAGUGCUUUAGAGGAUUUUCAAGGUGUUUCAACUGAUGAACCCUACAAUGCUGUAGUGGUUGGGUUAUCACCAUCUAAUUUUAACUAUAAUAUGCUCAACAAAGCUUUCCGUUUUUUGAUUAAUAAUCCGGAAGCUCCUUUGAUUGCCAUUCAUAAAGGUAAGUAUUAUGCUGAACAAGAUGGUCUCAGUAUGGGACCUGGUGCAUUCGUAAAAGCAUUGGAAUUUUCAAGUGGAGUUAAUUCAAUUGUUGUUGGCAAGCCGGAAAAAAUCAUUUAUGAAUUGGCAAUUACAGACAUGGGAAUUGAGAAAGAAACAAAACAUAUUGUUAUGAUCGGAGAUGAUAUCACACAAGAUUUGGGAGUAAAAACUGGCAAAUAUCGAAAUGGAGAUGAAAAACGGGAUCCUACUAUUGAUGGUGUUUUCGAAAAUUUUGAAAAAGCUGUUGAUAAAAUUUUGGGUGGAACUUAA